AUGGCUUGCAGCAUACAGAACAUUAUUCUCGUGAAUUUUAUGAUACUCACGUUUAUUUAUUGUGUUUAUGCAUCGUUUUCGGGGAUUUAUGUUGAUAAUGGACAACAAACUGUAUUACAUCAUCAGUUAUCAGGAGAUGAGACGCACGAAGUAGAGCAUGAGAUACUUGAACUUCUUGGAUUACCUGAUAGACCAAGAAAGAGGCAUAUACAUCCUUCAUUAAGAAAAUCAGCACCACAAUUUCUAUUGGAUAUUUAUAAGAAAUUGACAACAGAUGAAGAAGACGUUGAUAAUACGAGGGUGAAACGUGACAUAAAUGACAAUGAGAUAUACAUAAGUCCUGCUGAUCAGUAUGCAAUUGACCAAUCUGACAUAAUUAUGACUUUCUUAAACAAAAACCAUCACGUCCCUGAAAUGCGGCAUACUCACGGCAGAAAAUUGUGGUUUGAUACUUCAGAAAUUGGUAAUGACGUUUCACUUAUGAUGGCUGAACUGAGAUUGUAUCAAAAUUCACUAUUUAGUAAAUACGAUGAGGAAAAGCAAGUGACAGUGCGACUCUACAAAGCUGACAUAAGAAAUGAUCACGAAGACCUUAAGUUGUUGUCAUCAGUCAAUACAACGACGCAUGCUGAUGGAUGGUUGGAAUUGAAUGUCACGAUGGCUUUAAAGGAAUGGAUUGAGGAUAAAGAAAGUAAUUAUGGGUUUGUGAUAAAAGCAAAUUUAAUUGAACGACCUGACAAAGAUCUUAGAAUGGAUGACAUUGGAUUAGUGAGUCCGCGUGGUGAUGAUGAGUUUCAGCCAUUUAUGGUUGGAUUCUUCAAGGGUCAAGAGAUGAUAAAGCCAAAACAGCCCACAAAGCAUCACCAUUCGCGAACGAAGCGUCAAGCAGGUAAUCGAAAUCAAAGAAAAAAGAAGUCAGACAGACCAAAUCCACUUCUUCAUCCGGGUGAAAAUAAUCCAAAAUCAUGUCAAAUACAAACACUUUAUGUUAGCUUUAAGGACUUGAAGUGGCAAGAUUGGAUCAUUGCACCUGAUGGUUAUGGUGCUUUCUACUGUGCUGGUGAAUGUAAUUUCCCACUUAAUGCACACAUGAAUGCUACAAAUCAUGCGAUUGUUCAAACAUUAGUUCAUCUCAUGCAUCCGACAAAGGUUCCAAAGCCUUGUUGUGCACCAACAAAAUUAAGUGCAAUUUCUGUCCUCUACUAUCUCGAUGACUCAAAUGUCAAUCUAAAGAAAUACAAAAAUAUGGUAGUUAAAAUUCCAAAGCUCACAAAUGAUAUGCACAAAGGUGAAGCUGGUCGUAUUGGAAUUAUUGGUGGAUCUUUAGAAUACACAGGAGCUCCAUACUAUGCUGGAAUUGCUGCUUUAAAAGUCGGUUGUGAUCUCGUUCACAUUUUUUGUCCACAAUCAGCUGCUCUUGCAAUUAAAAGCUAUUCUCCAGAACUCAUUGUUCAUCCAUUACUUGAUUCUGACAAUGCAUUAGACUUGAUUGAACCAUGGCUAUCUCGACUUCAUGUUUUAGUCAUCGGAAGUGGUUUGGGUCGUGACAGAAACAUUCUUCACACAGUCUCAGAAUUAAUUAUGUGCUGUAAGAAGAGUCAGAAACCACUCGUUAUCGAUGCUGAUGGGCUUUUUCUAAUUACACAAAACACAUCGUUACUUAAUGAUUAUCAGAAUGUAAUAUUGACACCUAAUGCAAUGGAACUCUUUAGAUUGAUUGGUGAUACGAAUGAAAAGUUGCAUGCAUUGUCUGAGAAAAUCGGUAAAAAUGUAAUUGUGUUGGAGAAAGCAAUGAAUGACAGAAUUUAUGAUACUGAGACGAUGUCGAAAGUUGAGUGUCCUCAAGGUGGAACUAAUAGGCGAUGUGGUGGUCAAGGUGAUUUACUCGCUGGUGCUGUUGCUGUAUUCUAUCACUGGGCAUUGAAUCUCACCAAUAAAGACAAUUCUGGUCAACCAAUUCACGAUUUCAAUCCAGCAAUUGCUGCUUGCUAUGGUGCUACAUAUCUCAUUAAAUACUGCAACAGAUUAGCAUAUGAAAAGUAUGGACGAAGUAUGACUGCAGUUGAUAUGAUUGACUGCAUACACACUGGAUUCAACGAAUAUUUUGAACAUGAAAACUCAAAGCUUAAUUAA